UGUAGCACGCCGGCGAAACCUGAGAACACGGACCACACAUGCCGUGACAGCAGCAGCGGUGUGUCAGACAUUAGAUUGUGGUUAAUGGGCCAGUGUUUUGCUUGUAGAUACGUUCAGGAGUUAAAAUGUCUGAGGCGUCAGAGAAAGCUUCACCUCAGAACUGGAUCCUGCUGCAUCCAGCGUAUCAGCAGAUGAAGGAUCUGGAGGUUGGGGACAGCGCCCAGGUGCAUGCAGCUUUUCUCGUGUACAUGGAUCUUGCUGAGGUGCGUCAGUGGAAAGAGGUGACCUGUGUCAAGAUUCCUGAACUGCAGGCGGUUUUGCUGGAAGGGAGAGAGAAGGAAGGAGCACCCAUCCAGACUGUCCUUCCUCUGCCUGUUCACCGAUCUCUGUGCCACAAAAGCAUACGACACGUGCUGGACAGAGGCUUUCCCAUGCUGCUGUGUGCGGUGGCGUCUGACUCCACCCUGGUCUACCAGAGAAUGACUGAUGGGCUGGUGACGCCCGACCCUCCUGUAGGCCCCUUCCAGGAUGUGGGGCGCCGACAUCACCGGAAGAGACGGCAGAAGAACUGAGCAGCUGGAGGGAGAAGCUGAUGAACCACAGAAGGACGGGCUGACGUUAUGGAAGCAGGUACAAUUGGACCCUUCCACGGUGGCGCUCCAGGUGCUGCGUGUGGCUGGUAGGCCCAGCCUGUGAUUCCCUCUCAAUAAGAAGUCAGCGGCCUCAUCCAACCAGUGGAGUCCAGUGAUUUUCAAAAUAAUGUCUUCUUGUGACCCACUGACUGAGACUUAUCUUGUGACUCCUUGGCCGUAGUUUUUGGGAGGUUCUUGUUGCGAUGUCAGCAAAGUUGAAAGGGGCUCUUUGAGUGCAGUCAGGGUUGUGCUCACACUGCCGUGUACUUUGUGUGGUCACGUGCAGUCUGCGUCGUGCCUCCCUCGUGACCUUCAAAUGGCACCUAAUGAGCUGGAUCACAGGACAUCCACAAAACUUUUCGGGGACAUUACAACAGAGUCCAGCUGAUACUGGACUGACACUGAUACAGAUUUUGAUAUUUUAAAGUUAUAUUUGAUUAUCAAGAGACAUAUAAUAUAAACAUUUUUGAUAAAGAUUUCUUGAUUGUGGUUAAUAAGUGACUGAGAAUAACUACCAGACUCUGUUAGUUUGUCCCCAAAAAAUUUGAAGUUUGCUCUUAAUCUUAUUUUAUUAUUUCCUUUAAAAACAGAAGUGUCUUAUUUUGAAAGGAUAAUUUUCAGACACACUACUCAGUGUAACUGAGUGUAACUUCAGUUGAGCUUCAGUUGAAAGUGGCAACAAGGUUAUGUUUAAUGAACUCAUAUUUAUACAGAUGUUUGGUCUAUUUUUGAUUAUUAAAAGCUUUGUAGUCUGUCUGUUUACGAGCCACACAUCUCACUUCAGUCACAGUCUACAGAAAUAAACUAAUGGGUGCCCCCUGGUGGUCACACUAUGUAAUAACAGUCCUUUCUUAAAGUCACCUGACAUAUCUUCAGCAUUUCUUUCCUGCAAUUUCUUAUUGCUUAACAGCUGACAAACACGCCAGUUAUGAAAUCACUUACAAGCUAAACUUGACUCUAGUCAAGUGGCUCUAAACCACUGUCCACUUUCAGUGCAAGUUUGAGCAUUUACUACCGUUCAUCAGGCAUGGACAGUAACAAAGUACAUUUACUUGAGUGUCUGUACUUGAGUUUUUUUUUGUUGUUGUUGUUUUUGGAAACUUAUGACUUUUACUGUGCUACAUUUAAAAGACCAAUAUUGUACUUUUGACUGCACAGCGUUUCUAUGAAGUCGAUACUUUGAAGCUUUGAGCUUUUAUUCAGCAGUGAACUUCCUUUUAUUUUCAGAAAUGCGAUAGACCAUACACCGUGUUGCUGUUUUUGCAACGACCAAACUUCAUCACUACCUACAAAAAAUGUGCCGUCCAACUUUAGAAAGCAUGUUGAAAUGUGUAGCGUUUUUAAUUCUGGAUAAAAUUUUAAACAGACAGCUGGUAGUAGUUGUUGCCGUGUUUAUGCUGCGGUCGGUCAGAUGACUUAUGGCCACUUCUAUCGCCUUUAGCAGAUUCUACAAGCUUUUUAUUCUACACGU